AUGACAGGAAAAUUCAAAGGAUUUGUUGCUAAAGUUAAACAACAUGAUCCGAAUGUGGGCUCAACACAUUGUUUUAUAUACUGCGAGGCCUUAAUGGUGAAAACUAUUCCUGCAGAAUUGAAAAGUGUUUUGAACCUAGUUGUAAACAUAGUAAAUUUCGUUAAAUCGAGGGCUCUUAAGACAAGACUUCUCAAAGAAAUGUGUCAUGAAGCGGGAUCUAAGCAUGAUACUCUGGUUCUUCAUACAAAGAUACGCUGCACUGAAAAACCAGACUUUGUUGCGUAUUUGAACGACACAGAGUGGUGUGCCAAAGUAGCUUACUUGGCUGAUAUAUUUUAUCAUUUAAACUGCUUAAAUGAAAGUAUGCAAGGAAAAGAAGAAAAUGUCCUGACCUCAAGUGAUAAAUUAAAAGGGUUCUUAAAGAAACUACAAGUUUGGAAACGGCAUGUAGAAAAUAAAAGUUUAAAUAUGUUUCCUUUAACUUUUGAUAUAGAUCCUCAGGGAGACAUAACCGCUCAACUAGUUUUAAAUCACCUUACAGAUCUUGAGGACAGCAUGGCACAGUAUUUUCCCCAUAUCUCAGUUGAUAAGUAUGAUUGGGUUCGCAAUCCUUACGCUACUUCGUCAGAAUCAACAGCUGACCUAUCUCUUAAGAAAGAAGAACAGUUGGCAGAAAUUCAGGAGGAUAGAACACUACGACUAAAAUAUAAUGAAUCACCACUAAUUAGAUUUUGGAUGUAUGCAAAGACAGAAUAUCCAGUAAUAGCAGAUGAAGCAAUCAACAUUUUGUUACACUUUUCAACCACCUACUUGUGUGAGUUAGGCUUUUUGGCACUUACAAACAUAAAAAACAAAAAACGGGAGAGGCUUCUUUCCGUUGAUCAGGAAAUGCGUGUCUGCUUGUCUUCAAUUCGACCACGUAUUGAACUUUUAUGUACGAAACGACAAGCUCAAGUUUCACACUAG